AUGGGCAUACUUACUCCUGUCACCAACUUUGAUCUGCUUAACGGGAGACGCCAGGGAGUUAUUUUCUUGAGGAUGACCGAGCAAUGCAUUGGCCUAGUACUGAAGCUAAAUCCCUUUUUUUCGAACAACGAAGAGACCACCGUCGUCUGCAAUAACUAUGGAAUAUAUAUCACCAGCGUUGAGAAUGAAGACACCUCCAACAACUAUGGAAUAUAUAUCACCAGAGUUGAGAAUGACGACACCCGCAACUAUUUUCCAGAUGUCUUCUUGCGAGACACUAGCACAUUUGACAUUUAUGUCAAUCGCUCAAAGGACACGCCUGUUGAGAGAUUUUACAUGUUUGCCAAUGAGCAGAAGUUGAGCAAAGGAAAACCUCUUCAAAUAUAUGACGGGGAUUUCAUAUCCCUUGGUGGAGUCCCUAUGGAUGUUAAGGACAAUGACGUUUCGAUACAAAGCUAUUCCUAGGUACGAGCCUUGGCGAGAAGGUCUUACUACAAGUUAUGCUUCGGAAAUGCGGAAAUUUGUGUACUUAAAACAGCAUGCCGAACCCAAUGCCGUAAAAGAGCA